GGGAGGGGAGGGGGUUCGAAUCCAAUCCGGUUUGAGCUAGUUUUUGUUUCGCUGGAAACAUUAACGUCCUCUUACUGACUGUGUGUGUGUAUUUGUGAAUGUUUUAGCUGUAUCUUAUAAAGAACAGCGCUGUUUUAAUCGUCCCCCCCCAUUUUACUGUUUUUUUCCCCCUCCGCGGAGCUUAAUUCGCUUCGUUAAAGAAACAACACAGACACGCAAAAGCAGCAGCAGCCAUGCCCAAGAGGAGCAAAGCGAACAAUGACACUGAAGCCAGCGAGCCUAAAAGGAGAUCAGCAAGACUGGUGAACAAACCAGCGCCUCCAAAGGCAGAGCCCAAGCCAAAGGCGAAGAAAACACCUACCAAACCCAAGAAAGCUAAGGAGCCUGAAAAGCCCAAGGAGGAGGAGAAGAAAGAGGACGUCCCUGCCGAAAAUGGCGAGGCCAAAUCUGAGGAGGAGGCACCAGCGACAGAAGAGUCGGAGCAGAAGGACGACGCGGCGGAAUAACAGCGCCCUGCCGCCGUGUCUCAUCAGUGCUCCCUGUACCUCUUUUCUUGUACAAUUCAGGGGAAUAUUUUUAUCUACUAUUUUCUAAAGGCAGGUUUUUUAGUAGUUUGAUUGUAGAGACACAUUUUUUAUGAAAGAAAAGAUACAUUUUGAGAGGGAUUUCAUCACAUCCCACAUUUUUACAUCUCCAGAACAGUUAUUGUCAUUGAAAACGUCGUUUCUCUUUUUCCUUUUCCUUUCGUCUCUGUUUUCUGUUCAACGCGGGGAGGGAGAGGGGCAGGUUGUAGCAUCAUGCAUACGCAGGUAUGUCGUCCACACACGACGGUUAGACAACUUUUCGAGCUUGCCCGAAUGACUAACAUUCCAUCGGCUCAAUGAGGGAUUGUUUCGUUUUGUUUUGGUUUGGUUUUUUUGUAACCUGUAAUGUAUGUGUGUGUGUUGGGGAGGGGGCUGUGAAUUACUCAUUCUUUUAUUGUUUAUAAUGAGAAAGAUUACCUGUAGAAUGUUUGUAAGCCGUGCUCCAUAUGUUAACUCUUGUACCGAUGCAGUUUUCUUUAACCAUUCUGCUUAAUAAACCUAUUCUCUAGUACUGGAGUUUUCCACGUCAGGCCUGUGCAUUGCGUGUAUUGAUUUUUUAUUUUGUUUUGUUUCCUUUUUUUAUUUUUCUGUCUCUUCUGUGAUAGCACCACGUUAGAUUUGUAAAGCAGCUGUGAAAAAAAAACAAAACAAACAAAAAAAAGAAAGGAUUUUUUGACUUUAUAUGCAGUGUGUUAUGGUACAUUGUCCGGAUGGUGAAAAUGGAAUAUCGAUGUCUUUAGCGAAGCCAACGUUCGACUAAACACCUUCGAGGCGCUAAAAUCUCGGUCCCUUUUUCAGGGCAGUCGGACGAUCAAGUGUAAAAUCUCUUGAACUGUACAGCACUCAUACCAGCAGUAGCAAUAUUCUUGUGCAAGUACAAAUGUACAGUUUCUUUUUUCGAUCAUUGUUUAUAGAUGUAUCUCUGUGUAUUGUUUGGUUAAAACAAGCCAAUAAAAAUUGGUUGUGACA